CGUUGUGCAGCGAAGUUAUUGGCUAGCUGCUCCCCGUGUGUGCGCUGUGCAGCGAUGUGAUUGCGUGGCUGCUAUCGGUACCUUGAUUCUGCAGCGAUGCGAUUGGCUGGCUGAAGCGCCGUAUGGAGCAGUAGGGUGGUUGUGUUGCUGCUUCUUCUCCGGGAGUAGAGGAUGCACAGGGGAGAGCUGGCGGCUGUGCGCGCUUCCCUCCCGGUCCUCGCUCUCCUGUACGGGGUGUGCUACGGCGGACGAUCCCUGCCUGCUCUCAGUGAUGACAUUCCCUUCCGCCUCAACUGGCCCGGGCCGGACUUCUCGCUGCCGACCACAGGCAUACCGUACAGAGAGGACAAUUACAUCAUUAUGACAACGGCCGAUAAGGAGAAAUAUAAGUGUCUGCUCCCACUUACUGCCAGUGAGCAUCAGGAGGAAGAGCGAGAAUAUAAAGGACCAACCCCAGCAGAACUGUUGGAGCCUCUCUUCAAGCAAACCAGCUGUUCCUAUAGGAUAGAGUCGUAUUGGACAUAUGAGGUGUGCCAUGGAAAACACAUUCGGCAGUAUCAUGAAGAGAAGGAAGCCGGACAGCAAACAAAUCUUCAGGAGUAUUACCUGGGAAACAUGAUGAAGACGAGUGCGUCUGAUGCAGCAGGCGAGACACAGGAAGAAGGAGAGAACCUGGGAAGCCAUGACCGUAUCCCCACCAAAAACAUUGAAGGACAGAUGACCCCAUACUAUCCAGUGGAGAUGGGGAAUGGAACACCGUGCAGCUUGAAACAGAAUCAACCCCGAUCCAGUACAGUGAUGUACAUAUGUCACCCCGAGGCCAAGCACGAGAUCUUGUCUGUCGCUGAAAUAAUCACAUGUGAAUAUGAAGUUAUUAUACUGACACCUCUGCUAUGUAGUCAUCCGAAAUACAGGUUUAAAACCUCUCCUAUAAAUGACAUAUUUUGCCAGUCAAUGCCGGGGUCUCCUCUAAGGCCACAAAGUCUUGAGAAACUUGACCAGCAGAAAGAAAUGAGUAAGACGCCACUUAAACCCAACAAAGAGGAGGAGCGCCAGGCUAUGAAGGAUAAGUUCUCCACCAUCCACAAGCCAGUGACGGUGGGAUCUCAGCAACAAGUAACUGUGGGAACCACGCACAUUUCCAAGCUGACGGAUGAGCAGCUGAUCAAAGAGUUCCUCACUGGCUCCUACUGUUUUCAUGGGGGUGUUGGAUGGUGGAAGUAUGAAUUUUGCUAUGGAAAAUACGUCCAUCAGUAUCAUGAGGAUAAAGACACUGGUAGAACGACGCUUGUUGUGGGUGUUUGGAAACCAGAACAGCAUUUAGAUUGGGCUAAGAAAAACGCAGCAAGGCUGUACCAUCCACCAGACGACGGAGUACAAACUGUGAGAAUGGUGUCACAUUUCUACGGCGGAGGAGAUAUUUGUGAUUUCACAAACAAGCCAAGACAGGUCAUUGUGAAACUAAAGUGCAAAGAGUCCGAAUCCCCUCACGCGGUUACAGUCUAUAUGCUCGAGCCACAGACUUGCCAGUACAUUCUCGGAGUGGAAUCUCCAGUAAUAUGUCGGAUCCUGGAUACAGCUGAUGAGAAUGGACUCCUCUCAAUUCCGAACUGAGAUGCAAAAUGAACUUGAAUGUUUUUGCUGGGACCUGUAAUUAGUCAGCGGAUCAAGUGUACAAAGGAGAAAUGCUCUAGGACAUUUGUGUAUAUAUUGGAUAAAACAGAUUUUAAAUACAA